CGCCUUGAGGGAGUCAAAGGGCGCGUAGAAGCGGUUCGCGAUGCAAGCGUUUGGGGGCGCGCACGGGAGCGGCCUGUGAGGAGAAACAACCGGCACCGGGGGCUCCUCCCCCCACCCCCCGUCAGCACACCGAGUGACCGCAUUCUGGACUGACUGUAGCCGUGUUUUGGUCGCCGCCCGCGCUGGUUACUGGGGCCUUAGGACGUUUUCGUGUCAGGACCUCGUUACCGGACUCUGCCGUGCCUUCGGAGGUCAGACGAGGUCUCUCUAAGCUCGCCCCACGCGCCUCGUUCUAUCGGUUCUCGCUGGUUUCCCAUCCCCUCCCCCCCACACUUCCACCCCGGUUACCGGAGGAGGGGAGGAGGGGGAGGUAGGCCGCGGCCCCCGCUGGGUCCAUGCGCAAGUUCGCGGCCUUCCCUCCCUCCUCCUCCUCCUCAGCACCGGCCCCAACACCGCGGGCCUCCAACCGCCAGGGAGACGGGAUUAAGGACUGAGUACAGCCCGGGGAGCAGCGCACACACACGCGAAUCUUCCUACAAGCUUGGGCAAAGACACUGGACUUUUAUAUGCGACUAGCACCUCGCGGCUUUCCACUAUGGAGUCGACUGUUGAUGACGAAGCGAUAGGGGCAUAAAUGAAGGCCAAAUAAGCAAGGCAAAACGAUGCCCAAGGGUGGGUGUUCUAAAACACCACAGCCAGAAGAAUUCUCUCUCAGCUACGACAUGGUGGAAAAACAACCUGGGAAAAAGGAUAAAGAUAAAGUUUCCCUAAAUAAAACUCCAAAGUUGGAUCGAAGUGAUGGAGGGAAAGAGAAAACUACAAAAAGAAAAUUGCCUUUCUCAGUAGGGACAAAUGGAGAUCAAAAAGAUUCAGACACAGAAAAGCAGGGUCCGGAAAAGAAAAGAAUUAAGAAAGAGCCUGCCAACCGGAAGUCUGGUUUACCUUUUGGGAUUGGAAUAUCUGGAAUUCGGGCUGGAUACCCGUUAUCAGAGCGGCAGCAGGUGGCUUUGCUUAUGCAGAUGACAGCAGAAGAGUCUGCUAACAGCCCAGUUGACACAACACCAAAGCAUCCUUCUCAAUCUACAGUCGGUCAGAAGGGGACUCCUAACUCCGCCUCCAAAACCAAAGACAAAGUGAACAAGCGAAAUGAGCGGGGGGAGACCCGUUUACAUCGGGCGGCCAUAAGAGGAGAUGCACGGCGUAUCAAAGAGCUCAUAAAUGAGGGAGCAGAUGUCAAUGUUAAAGACUUUGCAGGAUGGACUGCCUUGCAUGAGGCAUGUAACAGAGGGUACUACGAUGUGGGAAAACAGCUGCUCGCUGCCGGAGCCGAGGUCAACACCAAAGGGUUGGAUGAUGACACCCCCCUGCAUGAUGCGUCCAAUAACGGUCACUUCAAGGUUGUAAAACUGCUGUUGCGGUAUGGAGGCAAUCCUCAUCAAAGUAACCGAAAGGGAGAGACCCCUUUAAAAGUCGCUAAUUCUCCAACAAUGGUUAAUCUCCUUCUUGGAAAGGGUACCUACACCUCCAGCGAGGAAAGCUCAACUGAAAGCUCAGAAGAGGAGGAUGCUCCUUCGUUUGCACCUUCCAGCUCAGUAGAUGGCAAUAACACAGACUCAGAGUUUGAAAAGGGCUCUAAACACAAGGGCAAACGCCAGGAGCAGACCAAAAGCACGCCAGUGAAGGAUGAGUACGAGUUUGAUGAAGAUGACGAGCAAGACCGCGUUCCUCCAGUCGACGACAAGCAUCUGUUGAAAAAAGAAUUCCGUAAAGAGACUAAGGCGAACAGCGUUAUUGCUAUUCCUAAAAUGGAAGUAAAAGCUUAUUCUAAAAAUAUGACUGCACCAAAGAAAGCUGCUCGCCGUAUCUUGUCUGAUACAUCAGAUGAGGAGGAAAAUUCUGUCUCUACAGGGGCUACUGAAAAGCUCCGGUUGUCCGCUCACACCGUUCUGCCGAGCAAUAAAACCAGGGAGCAACCUGUGGCCAAGCAUAAAGAAAAGGGUAAAGUGAAAAAGAAGCGGAAGAAAGACGCAAAAAAUAAAGAAGUUAAGUUUGGAAAGAAAAAUAACAUUUUUUGUUCUGAGAGCGAAAGCGAAAACUUGGAGAGCGAUGUAGAGAAUGAUAUGCUUUCCUUAGAUAAUUCAAGCAGCGUGAAAGACUCUGCCUUAGCUUUGAAGGAGACUUCUUUGUUUAGCUCUUUAUCAGCAUCUUCUGCAUCUUCUCAAGGGAGUUUAACAUCACAGAAGCACAAUGCUAAUAUCCCAGACCAGCACUCCAAGCAUUGGAGGACAGACAAUUGGAAAACUGUAUCUUCUCCAACCUGGUCAGAUGUUAGCUCGCUGUCAGAUUCCACACGGACACGGUUAACUAGUGAUUACGAUUACUCAUCCGAAGAUUCUAGUUUGGAGUCUUUGAAACAGAUUAAAAAGAAACACGAGCACAAAAAUAAAACGAACACUCAUAAUAGUAUAUAUGAAAAGAACUCUUUCCAUCUUCAUGUUGAAGGUGCGAUUCCAAAAUUAGACAAAGAAGGUAAAGUAGUGAAAAAACAUAAAACAAAACAUAAACACAAAACUAAAGAAAAGGUUCAAAAUCAGGCCAGUCAGGAUGUAAAGAUUCUUAAAAGCUUUUCGUUUGACUACGAUCAAAAAUCGGAAAAGUCUUUAAAUCUAGAGGUUGAUGUUCCAGAAAAACUAAAAGUAUUAAAACAUGAUCAUGAUCACCUCAGGAAAGAAGAAAAAUCCAUCCCCAAGUUUAAGGCAGAGGAAAAGGACUGGUCAUUUAGAGACGAGGGAGGCAAAGUUGCCAAAGAGGAGAAGUCAUCGAAAAAGACAAAAGAGGCUAAAGACAGUAAAAACUUCAAAGAGGACAGAGACCGGUCUGGUAAACUGGAUCGAGAAAAAACGGUUAAGGAGAAAUCUCCCAAAGAAGACAAACCUAAAACACACAAAGAGGAAAAGAAGAAGAAAGUAAAAGAUAAGACCUCAAAAUCUGAAAAGAAGGCUGAAGUUAAAGAGGAGAAACCUUCUAAAAACGAGAAGGAGAAAGUAAAGAAGGAUAAGUCUCACAAGGAUGAAACACCUUUUGAAGAGUUUAACAACAAAAGUAAUUUUUUAGACAAUGAGGAAGCAAAGUACAGUACUUCAGAUGACCAAGGAUUAUGGAUGUCUGAAAUGUCUUCAGAUUCUUCUUAUGGUUUUAAGGGAGAAGACAGUUGGGACUCUUCCUUUGCAGAUUUUAGGGAGAUCAAAAAUGAUACAAUCCCAAAGCUUGUAGUAGAAUCUGUUAAGGAAGAAGUCAAGGAAAAAGAUUCAAAAAGCAAAGACAAGAGAGACUAUGGAGAUAAACCAGAGAAGGAGGUGGCCCUUAAAAGAAAGGAUCGAGACUCUUCAGACAGAGUUUCUGACAAAAAGAAAGACCAAACAGAGUCGCACAAAGGCACCCCAUCCUAUACAGUAGAGAAAGAGAAGAAACGGAGGGAUUCUCUAGAGUGCUCAAAAAUCCGGAAGGAGAAAGAUGGAGAUUCUGUAAGAAGAGAUUCUUUGAUAAACAAAGAUCGAAGAGAUUCCAAAGUAAAACAAGAAGAGUCGUUCAAAGAAGAACUGAAUGACUAUGGUUCAGAGAACUUCUUUAAAGAGAAGUCGGAGCAAGAGUCUUUUCCCAAAAAUUCUGAGGCACGAGAGCGGCAUCAUUCUGGUAAAGAGAAGCGAGAAGCUUCUGAAAAAAAGGAGAAACCAAAAUCUGAAAAGCAUCGAGAAAAAUCUAAAGAUGCUGAGCGAGAGAAGUCUGAAAAAUCCACCGAGAAAAGUCAGAAAGAGAAGGAAGCUGAUAAAGGGUCUAGAGAUAAGAAAGAUUCAAAAGAAAAACACAAAGACAGAAAAGCCUUCUCCGAACAGAAAGCCGAGAAAAAAGAGAGAACCUCUGCAUUAGAAAAAGACACUAGUGACAAGAAAGAUGAAAAGAAAGCAAGGGGGAAAAACUGGUAUAGCAUCUCUGACAUUUUUACCGAUGAAAGUGAAGAGGAAGAGCAAAGGUUUGUUCCCGGGUUCAAAAUUACUGAAGCCUAUAAUGACUUGCACAGAAUGGACAGUUAUGAGAGGGAGACCGCCAUACAAGACAAAGAUGCAUCUCAGUCUGAAAAACACAGAAAAUAUUCCAGUGAAAAGCAGCAUUCUGGGGAAAAACAGAAAGACAGAGAACAGAAGGAUCGGAAAAAGGAAAAGAGUCAAGGGGAAUCUGGAAAGGAAAAAAAAGAAAAGAACACAGAAAAACACAAAGACAAAAAGGACAAGGAUUCUCUUGACAAAUACCGCAAGGAUAGGGUGUCCCUAGAUAGCAACCAAGACAAGAAUUGUAAGAUAAAACCGCCAACUGACAAAAAGGACAAAAAGCAUCUGACAGAAGAGAAAGUCAAAACUAAACACAAAGAGAAGUCUGAUCAUUUUAAGGAGAGGAAGUUCUCAAAAGGUGAAUCUGAAAAAAGUCUGCUGGAGAAAUUGGAGGAAGAAGCUCUCAAUGACUAUAAGGAUGACUCGAAUGAUAAGAUUAGUGAAAUUUCUUCAGACAGUUUUACAGAUAGGGGCCAUGAUCCAAGUAACAUGUUUGAGACUUCUGGAUUAACCAACUUGGACACGGUGGAGGAAAAAUAUAAGGAUUCGGUGCCUGUGCCUUGCUUAGCUGAGAAGCUAAAAGACAAGGAGAGAAAUAGACAUUCCUCAUCAUCCUCAAAGAAAAGCCAUGAGAAAGAUAAGGUACGGAAAGACAAGUCCGAUAAAAAAUCUGAGAAAACGGACGAUACCAAGGACACUUACAGCAGGCGCGAAUCUAUGCAGUAUGAGAAAGAGGUAUCAUCAGGAGAUGCAGACUCUUUUCCAGUAUUUAGUGUUAAGACCGAGACUGAAGAGGAAUUGGACAGAAGUGCGGAUUACAUGUUUACUUCAGAAAAAGAGAAGCAUGAUUCUGAAAGAGAUCUUAUAAAGAAGACUGAGAAGGACAAAGUUUACAGCGUGAACACACCAGCUUUAAAAGAGAAGAAAAAGAAAGACAAGCACCGUGAGAAAAGUAAAGAUGAUAAGCACAGAGACAAACAAUUGGAGGCGUUCUUUAAGCAUCACAGUAAUGAGUUAAAAAAUGCACGAGAUAAAGAACCUUCCCAAGUAAACUCAAAAGAUAAAUCUAAAGAAGACUUGGGGAAGUUUAGUGAAAACAGGCUGAAAGAUAGAUCGAAAGAGAACGCAGAGAAAGACAAAGCUGAGAAUGUCAAAAUCAUUAAUGGAAAUGAGAAGAUGACACUGAUGAAAGAAGCCAACAAGAAAGAUACCAAACCAAGAGAAAAACUUUUGGGUGACGGAGACCUUAUGAUGACCAGCUUUGAAAGGAUGCUCAGCCAGAAAGAUCUUGAAAUAGAAGAGAGGCACAAAAAGCAUAAAGAAAGAAUGAAGCAAAUGGAAAAGAUGAGACAUCGAUCUGGAGAUCCAAAGUCGAAAGAGAAAAAAGCUGAAGAAUUACGUAAGCGUAGUUUGGAUCUGAGUACCAAGAAAACAUCUGUGACUGACUCCCUUCAGAAAGAAAAGAAAAGUAAAGAUUUGGCCCCUUUGAUUAUACCUGUUCCUGAAAAUAAAACUCUAGCUGUCAUUGGGAAUGAUUCUAAAGACUGGCUCAAUGGUCCCCAAAUAAAGGAAGUGCUGACAGCUUCCCCGAGACCAGAUCAAAAUCGGCCAACUGGUGUCCCAACUCCUACAUCUGUAAUCUCAUGCCCAAGCUAUGAAGAAGUGAUGCAGACACCUAGAACACCUUCCUGUAGCACCGAAGACUAUCCUGAGCUGAUGUUUGACUGUUCAGAUAGCCAGCAUACUCUACCUGUGUCUGCCAUGUCUAUGAAUGCAUGCUCCCCUACCUUCUUUGAUCGGUAUUCAUCCACAGAAACGCCAAACCAAACGCCAACUAAAUUACCUUCCUCCAUUAACAGAAGCCGCUCAGUCUCUGUUGAUGUAAGAAGAGCUGCUGAAGAGGAGUUUCCAGCUUCUGAUAUAAAAAUCUUUAGGCAGCAGAGUGUUCCAGCAUCAUCUGGCUUCAGUUCACCCAUGCAGAUAAUGAUGGAAGAAAAAGUUCAACCUCUUGUAUCUACAGAGAAAUUCCCCUGUUUGUCUCCUGGUUAUUACUCACCAGGCUACCCACCUGAUGUUACUUUUGCACCUGGAGACAUUGCAAGCAUUGCUCCUUCUCCUGACCGUGUCUACUCUGGUGUACAAGCGAAAUCCUCUCCUUCGGAAAGAGAUGACUUGCUAGAGCCUUCUACGGAAAGUGCUGUUCCUCCAGACCUUGGCUUACAAUGUGAUUCUGCAGAAGCGCAACAAGCUACAGAAUCUAUUCUUCCUCAAGAACAAAGCUUUUCACCACCAGAGUCCAACUUCAUGAGGCAGGACUCUGCCUUUUUAGAAACAGAAAAUUUUAUUCCUGACAGUAAUAGUUAUACUUCUGAACCUGAGUUCAUACCACAAGAAGCAGAUUAUCUGCACCAAGAACCUGCAUAUAUUCCUCAGCAGCCAGCCUUUAUACCCCAGGAGCCAGAUUUUAUGCCCCCAGAUCCGUCCUAUAUGCCAUCAGAACAAAAUUAUGUCAUCCAUGCUGCAUCCAGUUUCCCACCCUCUGAGAAUGCUUACUUGCCCCGUGAGUCAGAUUUUCACGCUUCACAUUCAGAAGCCACCUUUCUACCUCCUGAACCUGCUUUCAUCCCACCACCUCCAAAAUCUGACUUUCUUCCUUCAGUUGAAGAAAAUACUCUUGACUCCCCUAUUUCUGAACAUAAUCUAGGUUGGGUGAGUCCAGCAAAUAGUAAUUCUGAACCUGUUAUGCCUCAGGGUCUAAUGGGAAAUAAUUCAGAGGAACAUGGAAGCUGGUCGAUGAGAUCCGAUCUUGUAAAGUCACCUCAGAGAUUCCCAGAGUCGCCUAAACAUUUUUGCCCAUUAGAGAAAACUCUUCCUACUCCGGUUCCUUUUAUUUCACCUGACUCUCCGUACCCAGUUUCUCCGGUCUCAUACCCCUUGCCCGAAGCAGCUGCUGAGCAAUUGAAAGAGGAGGAAGAAGUAGAGAGAGUUACACCUCAACCUGAAGAACAGGUACCAUACAUGUCCCCUACUCCUCUUCCUGCUUUUUUUGAUAACUUGAAAACUCAUCCAGAAGAACCACAAACUCUGUCAACAGAGCCCCAGGUUAACACAGACCCUCUUGCAGACACGGCAUCUGUCAACGAAAAGUUCGUACAGCCCGAAAUCCACCCGAAUAGUCAAGAGGAGGAGACCGAGCCAUGGUCUAAUCCAUUUUCUUCAGUAGUUGAUGACUUAGAAUUUGGGCCCUUUUCACUACCAGAACUCCCUCUUCCGGUCAAAGAUGAAAAUGACAGCGAAACCUGUGAACAGUUGAACAUCAGUGCAGUAAGCCCAGCCCGUCCUUCUGAUGACCCUGUCGAGGGCGAGACUAUGGAAAUUCAACCUGGUGAAAUAGAUCUUCCAAAGCCAGCAUCUCCUAAAGAAUCACACUGUAUGAUGGAAGUAGAUGACCCACCACUUCAGAUACCACCACCACUUCAGAUACUAGAUGAGAAGGCCGAACAUAUUGAAGAACCUGCUCUGGAAGCUCCAAAAGUAUCCCAGCCCUCAAAGCAAGUCUUUGAGCCGGCAUCAUUUCCUCUUCCAUACGUACAGCUGGAACAAAUUGAGGCAAAAGUUCAGGCAAGCCUAAAUUCUUCAGAAUCGUGUGUUCAUAUCUUGCCUAAGAAACUUGAGGCUGUUGAUACCAAGGUGAAUGAGAGUACACCAGUUGAAAACGUUGAUUCUGUUGUGCAACCAGAGGCCCCUCGGGUCAUCCCCACUGUAGAUGUUCCAGAACAGGUGCCAAAAACUGCUGAUGUUCCUAAACCGCCUAAAGUGGAAGAGCUGCCUCUACGUAAGGUGGAAGAGCUGCCUCUACGUAAGGUGGAAGAGCUGCUUCUACGUAAGGUGGAAGAGCUGCCUCUACGUAAGGUGGAAGAGCUGCCUCUACGUAAGGUGGAAGAGCUGCCUCUACGUAAGGUGGAAGAGCUGCCUCUACGUAAGGUGGAAGAGCUGCCUCUACGUAAGGUGGAAGAGCUGCCUCUACGUAAGGUGGAAGAGCUGCCUCUACGUAAGGUGGAAGAGCUGCCUCUACGUAAGGUGGAAGAGCUGCCUCUACUCAAGGUGGAAGAGCUGCCGCUACUCAAGGUGGAAGAGCUGCCGCUGCGUAAGGUGGAAGAGCUGCCGCUGCGUAAGGUGGAAGAGCUGCCGCUGCGUAAGGUGGAAGAGCUGCCGCUGCGUAAGGUGGAAGAGCUGCCGCUGCGUAAGGUGGAAGAGCUGCCGCUGCGUAAGGUGGAAGAGCUGCCGCUGCGUAAGGUGGAAGAGCUGCCGCUUCGUAAGGUGGAAGAGCUGCCGCUGCGUAAGGUGGAAGAGCUGCCGCUGCGUAAGGUGGAGGAGAUGCCGCUGCGUAAGGUGGAGGAGAUGCCGCUGCGUAAGGUGGAAGAGAUGCCGCUGCGUAAGGUGGAAGAGAUGCCGCUGCGUAAGGUGGAAGAGAUGCCGCUGCGUAAGGUGGAAGAGAUGCCGCUGCGUAAGGUGGAAGAGAUGCCGCUGCGUAAGGUGGAAGAGAUGCCGCUGCGUAAGGUGGAAGAGAUGCCGCUGCGUAAGGUGGAAGAGAUGCCGCUGCGUAAGGUGGAAGAGAUGCCGCUGCGUAAGGUGGAAGAGAUGCCGCUGCGUAAGGUGGAAGAGAUGCCGCUGCGUAAGGUGGAAGAGAUGCCGCUGCGUAAGGUGGAAGAGAUGCCGCUGCGUAAGGUGGAAGAGAUGCCGCUGCGUAAGGUGGAAGAGAUGCCGCUGCGUAAGGUGGAAGAGAUGCCGCUGCGUAAGGUGGAAGAGAUGCCGCUACCUAAGGUGGAAGAGUUGCCGCUACCUAAGGUGGAAGAGUUGCCGCUACCUAAGGUGGAAGAGUUGCCGCUACCUAAGGUGGAAGAGUUGCCGCUACCUAAGGUGGAAGAGUUGCCGCUGCGUAAGGUGGAAGAGAUGCCGCUGCGUAAGGUGGAAGAGAUGCCGCUACCUAAGGUGGAAGAGAUGCCGCUACCUAAGGUGGAAGAGAUGCCGCUACCUAAGGUGGAAGAGUUGCCGCUACCUAAGGUGGAAGAGAUGCCGCUGCGUAAGGUGGAAGAGAUGCCGCUGCGUAAGGUGGAAGAGAUGCCGCUGCGUAAGGUGGAAGAGAUGCCGCUGCGUAAGGUGGAAGAGAUGCCGCUGCGUAAGGUGGAAGAGAUGCCGCUGCGUAAGGUGGAAGAGAUGCCGCUGCGUAAGGUGGAAGAGAUGCCGCUGCGUAAGGUGGAAGAGAUGCCGCUGCGUAAGGUGGAAGAGAUGCCGCUGCGUAAGGUGGAAGAGAUGCCGCUGCGUAAGGUGGAAGAGAUGCCGCUGCGUAAGGUGGAAGAGAUGCCGCUGCGUAAGGUGGAAGAGAUGCCGCUGCGUAUGACCCGUAACCGGGCCCAGAUGCUUGCCAACCAGAAUAAGCAAAACUCUACACCUGCGGAGAAAGAGCAUCCAGUAGUAACCACAACAACUACCCGAGGCAAGAGUAAAAUCAGCGAGGAGGAAGAGCCACAAACACAACACCCUCGGAAGAGAAAGCUGCAGAAACCUAACCAGCUCCAGCAGCAGAUAAUAAGCAACACCAGUCAACAAACUCGAGAGAUGAUACAGCAGACUUUGGCUGCCAUAGUGGAUGCUAUCAAGUUGGACGAGAUCGAGCCAUAUCACAGUGACAGGUCUAACCCAUACUUUGAGUAUUUGCAAAUUAGAAAGAAGAUUGAAGAGAAGAGGAAAAUCUUGUGCUAUAUCACUCCUCAAGCACCGCAGUGCUACGCUGAAUAUGUCACCUAUACUGGCUCGUAUCUACUAGAUGGCAAACCGCUCAGCAAGCUUCACAUUCCAGUGAUCGCACCACCUCCAUCAUUGUCGGAGCCUCUUAAAGAACUGUUCAGGCAACAGGAAGCCGUUCGAGGGAAGCUUCGUCUGCAACACAGCAUUGAAAGAGAGAAGCUCAUAGUGUCUUGUGAACAAGAGAACCUUCGAGUUCAUUGCAGAGCAGCCAGGACGAUUGCCAAUCAGGCUGUGCCUUUCAGCGCCUGCACCAUGUUGCUAGAUUCGGAGGUGUAUAACAUGCCUCUGGAAAAUCAGGGAGAUGAAAACAAGUCAGUCAGAGAUCGAUUCAACGCUCGCCAGUUCCUGUCCUGGCUACAAGAUGUGGACGACAAGUACGACAGGAUGAAGACGUGUGUAUUAAUGAGACAGCAGCAUGAAGCAGCAGCCUUGAAUGCAGUGCAGAGGAUGGAAUGGCAGUUAAAGAUGCAGGAGUUGGACCCAACUAGCCACAAAUCCCUGUGCGUCAACGAAGUUCCCUCUUUCUAUGUGCCAAUGGUGGACGUUAACGAUGACUUUGUGCUCUUGCCAGCAUGACAAGGCGGACUCCUAAGGUUGUUAGUUUAUUUUUAUUUUUCUUCUCAACCCAAAACUGGCAAGGGCCGGCCCCUUUGGCUCAGACUUCACUUGCAUCAUUUCGCUUGCUGAUGAAUCCGCUGCUUACAAGAGGAGGAAGCAUUUUUAAAUUAAACAAAUACGGAAACCUCCGUUAGAGGAAUUGCACUUUCUUCACAGCUUAAACGCACCGCUCCUCCAAGUCGCAGGCGGAGUGGGCUACCGUGUAAGGAGCAUGCACAGGCGGAGCGACAGGGAGGGGGAGCAAGGGAUCAAGGAUGCCACGUGUGUUGCCGUUAUACACACUGCUGCGAUAUGUUCCAUUGUGCUUCAGAGACCUCGCAAAGAACCUAGUGGAGAAAGGUGCAUCGGUUCACCAUGGUUAUUUUAUUUUAUUUUUUCAGGCACAGUUCCAGUUGUUCAUAAACUUUAAAGGACAAGACUUUCAUUUGGUAAACCCCCCUCACCUCUUUUGUUCCAUCUCGUCAAUGCGACGAGAAUUAAAAUCGCCUUCAGCCGCUGACUACCUCAUGUCAGCCUUUAAAUUACUGGGCCUCCGAUGCUAAGCAGGGGCGGUCUGUUCCUUUUAAUUGUUCUUUUCCUGUCCCGUAUCCUUGCAGAUUCUGCAUGUGGUUCAUUCUGGUUUAGGAUUUCCUACCUAUGCUUGAAUCCAGCCAUACCAAGCAUGGGUGGUCCGAAAAUUUUCAUUUUGAGAGCAGAGUACUGCUCAGUUUGUCACUUUUCUCCCCCCCUUCUUAACAUCUUUUAACCUUGGGCAUUUUGUUUCUCUUGUCGGAGAACUUUAACUUGAAACACUACAGAGCCAAUACUUAUAUGUAUGAAAAGACAAAAAAAAAGUAUCUGGUAAAUUAUGUACAGUUUUUAUACACAUUACCCUAUGUACUUUGCUGCCUUCUAGAUAAAUUAUUUUGCAAACACAUUACUGCACAGUUGUAAAUAACUUAUGUACUGUAACAUCACUUUCAGUUUUGUGUAAAGAAAUAAAUGACUUUAAAAGAAAAAAAAAAAAAA